AUGCUACUAGUCGGGAUCGUCAGUUCCGCAGUGUUACCAGUAGACAAAUGUAAGCUGCAGGAUUCAUCGUGCAUGAUACCGGCGUUUCAAAAAGCAAUGCCAAUAUUCAUGGGUGGAAUUCCAGAAUAUGGUGUAGAAGCUUUAGACGUAAUGGAAAUGGACGAGGUCAAGUUUGAACUGGCGGGACUCAAGUUCGGUUUAAAGGAUGGCCGCGUAAAAGGAUUGAAAAACUCUAUCGUGGAUGAUGUUAAAUGGGAUCUAAAAAGUAAAAGACUAGAGGUCGUUUAUCAUGUAGAUUGCAGCAUCAAAGGUCAUUAUACGGCAGCCGGUCGCAUCCUUAUCUUACCCAUAACGGGGGACGGGCAAAUGAAGCUAAAACUAAAAAAUUUAAACGUAACUUUGGUGAUCAACUAUGAGAUGGAAAAAAAAGACGGCAAGGAAUACGUGAAACCAAAGUCAUAUACCUUCAAAUUCGACGUGAGGGACGGUGCAGUUUUCGACCUAACCAAUUUGUUUAAUGGGAACAAAGAACUAAGUGAGCCCAUGCUUGUUUUCCUAAAUGAAAAUUGGAAGCAAAUAACACAGGAAUUUGGUAAUCCUAUGAUAGAAGUAUCGGCUAAGAAGAUCUUUAAGAAUCUUGUGGCAUUUUUCUCAAAAGUUUCUAUAACUGAUAUUGCUUAUGUG